AUGUUUCUGCUUCUGAAAGCGCUGCGCAGACGUAGAGACAGCCCUGAAGACGGAGAGGAGAGGGACUGGAGUGACGAGGACAAGAAUGACAAGAAUAAUACAGACGCCAUCUUUGAUCUGGAGGACCUAGAUCUGGACGGACCAACCACAGAGAACGUUGCUAAAACCAGCCAAUCACGGAAGAGGACGCCGGACACCCAGUUUGGACCUCCAGGACCCCUCCAGUCCCCUGUUCCUCCACCCUCCUCCCCCAACUUAUCACCACCCCUCGACGGGCCAGUCUCCCCCAUACCUCCCCUCUCAGGACAGGAGGAUUACCUCGCUCCAGGACCCACAAACUCCCCCUCGCCCUCCCAGCCUGCCAGACAGAGGCUCUGGUCCUCACCCCCCUGUCCCCGCUCCACCCCCAGCCCACAGCCCAGCCCCUACCGGGAGAGGGAGAGAGACCGGGACCUGGGUUUGCUGUCCCCGUCUCUGUCCUCCUCCUCCUUCGCCCUGGACCAGCUCCUCACCCCCACCCUGGAUGUGUUGAAGAGCAGCAUGGUCUCGGCAGGGAAAGGUGUGGCAGAGAAGGCUAGCCGGUGGUACUCUCGCCUGGCCACCUCCUACACCGUGCCCACCAAGGAUGGUAACUGUGACCGUCUGAGUGUGUCCUCUCUGGGCAUGGACCCUGACUGCUCCUCCCUGUUGGAUGUGGAUGAGGAGGGCCUGGGGGACCCAGACGGCUCCAUCACCUCCCCUCAGAGAAAUGGCCCCGGGCCCCGUAGGAGCCCAAGGAGAAGCCCAUCCAGACGCAGUCCCCCGAGGAGCAGACUGGACAGUUCCACACACAGACAGACAGGCUUUCCUCCCCCAGACUGCUCUGAUCUGGGCUCGUCUCGCUACACCAGCAGUACCAGUGUCUUCCAGAACCACGCCAUGGAGCUGUUGAUCUCCAGCUGUUCUCGCUGUAAGACGUGUGACGGUCUGGUGUACGACGAGGAGAUCAUGGCAGGAUGGACGGCUGACGACUCCAACCUCAACACCACCUGUCCUUUCUGUGGGAACCCCUUCCUCCCCUUCCUUAAUGUAGAGAUCAGAGACCUGAGAGGACCUGGGAGGUUCUACCUGAAGAGCAGUCCGUCAGCGGAGGAGGCUGUGUCAUCGUCCUACUCUGUGUCCACCGGUCUGGACACCGGGACGUCCACUCUGUCCACUCCCUGUCCCACUACUGUCCUGUCUCCUCUCUCACCCAGGAUCACUGUAGAGGGCUGCUCUGGUAACAACAGGCUGUCGUCGUCCAGGGCCCAGUGUAUAGAGAUCCCUACAGAGCGGCGUCAGGGGGCCCUGUCCCCGGGGUCAGCUAUGGUGCGAAGUGUCAGUGCCUUUGACCCCAUGGAGGAACCAACUCGACUCAACCACAAUGUACCCACUUCAGGCAGCCUGCCCAGCCGACUCAACGAAGCUAGCGACCCCCUGAGUGUUGAUAUGGAGUGGCGUCUCCACCACCCAGAACCAGUCACAGUACCCUACCUGAGUCCCCUGGUCCUGUGGAAGGAGCUGGAGUCCCUGCUGGAGAACGAGGGAGACCCUGUUAUCACAGUGUCAGCCGUGGUGGACCACCAUCCUAUCAUCUACUGGAACCUGGUUUGGUCCUUCAGACGUCUGGACCUGCCCAGCAACCUGCCUGGACUCAUACUGACCUCAGAGCACUGUAACAGGGGAUCUACGGUCCCUCGCCAUUGGAUGUCAGAGGACAGUAAACACGUGUUGAUCCAGAUCUUAUGGGACAACCUCAAGCUGCACCGGGAUCUCAUCCAGCCGUUCUACAUCCUGUGGAACACGCAGAGGCUUAAUUGUGCUCUGUUGUUAGACAGUGUGGGCUACCCGUUGUGUCGUCCUGUGAGCGAGGCGGAGCGUCCGUUUGGGGAGGAGCUACUCCACAGCGUGGUCAAGAGCAUCCAGAGGAACGACGUCUCUCGACCAAUGGGACAGCUCCUACAGCUGCUGGGGCAGAGCCUGGGGGUCAAGAGGCAAAGGAGUCUGUACAGAGACAUCCUCUUCCUGUGUCUGGUGGCUCUGGGAAAGGACAACAUUGACAUCGACGCUUUUGACCGCGAAUACAAGAUGGCGUACGACCACCUCAGCCCCAACCUGGUGAAGCUGACGCACAACUGCGACCGUCCGCCCAGCGCUGGGGUCAUGGAGUGUCGCAAGACCUUCGGAGAACCCUACCUCUGACCCCUUUACCCCUGACGUGUCACCUCCGACAGACACUCCACCCGGUCACCUCCGUCACUCGGCCAGUCACCUCCUCCACCCGGCCAGUCACCUCCGUCACUCGGCCAGUCACCUCCUCCACCCGGCCAGUCACCUCCGUCACUCGGCCAGUCACCUCCUCCACCCGGCCAGCCAGUCACCUCCGUCACUCGGCCAGUCACCUCCGUCACCCGGCCAGUCACCUCCGUCACUCGGCCAGUCACCUCCUCCACCCGGCCAGUCACCUCCGUCACUCGGCCAGUCACCUCCUCCACCCGGCCAGCCAGUCACCUCCGUCACUCGGCCAGUCACCUCCUCCACCCGGCCAGUCACCUCCGUCACCCGGCCAGUCACAUCCGUCACUCGGCCAGUCACCUCCUCCACCCGGCCAGCCAGUCACCUCCGUCACUCGGCCAGUCACCUCCGUCACUCGGCCAGUCACCUCCGUCACUCGGCCAGUCACCUCCGUCACUCGGCAUAGCACAGCCGUGGGUAUCCCACAAGGGUAGGGUUGAAGAGAUCUUUUGUGUCCAUGAAAAGCGCAUGUAUAAAAAUCCAUGUAUUCCAACGGUGGCUCUCCCAAAGAGGACUGAGGAGCUUUAAAGACGAGCUCAGGAAUCCACUUUAGAAAGACGUACAGAAUGCGUGACGAUGAGCUUGUUGACACUGUGAUGUUUUGGGUCAUGUCCGUCACCUGUGAGAGACUAACGGGGCUGACCAGAGACUAACGGGCUGACCAGAGACUAACGGGGCUGACCAGAGACUAACGGGGCUAACCAGAGACUAACGGGGCUGACCAGAGACUAACGGGGCUGACCAGAGACUAACGGAGCUGACCAGAGACUAACAGAGCUGACCAGAGACUAACGGAGCUGACCAGAGACUAACGGGGCUGACCAGAGACUAACGGAGCUGACCGACCAGGGUGUUAUCAUGUAGUCUGACCAGUCUCACAAAAGGGAUGUUGUUGUUUUUUUAAAUCUCAUCUCAUCACCUGGUCGUUAGAGGUUCUGGACGUACCCCUCUGGAUGGAUGGAGAUCAUACUCAUUAACGUAACAACGGUUUCACACAAUGACGUGUUCUAUUUCGGGGUACUCAUGUUUUCAGAAAUCUUGUACAAAUUGUUACAUAAAAUACUAAAUGUACUUUAUAUACGACAGUAGUAGUAGGGACCUUUUAUAAAAAAUAAAAAUAAACAUUUGUAUUAUAUAGUCAUAUAUAGAGACUAAUAUUAGCAAUAUUUUACUUAACUUGAAUUCUAUUUAUACAAAGUAAGACUUUUAUUUAUUUUAGUCUGUUUCAUCUAUUCCUCUCCUCCUGUGGUUGAUGGAUGUACUGGCUU